AUGAAUAACACAAAUGAGUAUAGGCGGGAAGACGCAGAAGCGGCUAAUGAACGAUUGCUUUACAACAAGACUGUAAAGUCCGCGUACGCAGAUGUGCUGAAGGACAAGAUGAAUAGAGAGCAGGAGAUUAGUCUACGGGCUAUCAGAAAAGGGAUAUCUACCGAUGGCGGUGAGACCGACAACUAUGACCUGGAUAAAGAGAACGAUUCCACGUACGAAAUGUUCAAAAAAAAUCUUGAUGUCCCGAUAGAUCAACAUGAGGAUGAGGACGAUGAUUAUCUGUACAUUGAUGACAAUGGAGGGGAAACCGACGGAUAUAGCGACGAGGACUACACAGAUGAGGCAGACAAGAGUUUUAUAGAAGACAGCGAUUCCAACAGCUACGAUAUGGAGAGCGAUUCUGGCUUUGGAGAAAACUGGGAGAGUUCCGAUGAAGCUAGGAAGUUGCCUUGGCGGACGUACAUUCUUUAUGGAAGUCUUUUCUUCGUUUUUUAUUUUUUUGGAUCUUUUUUGAUGACAACCGUGAAAAAUAAUGAUUUGGACAGCCAUUCAUCCGGCGCUACAUCAUCCCCAGGUAAAUCAUUCACCAACUUACAAAAACAGGUGAAUCAUUUAUAUAGUGAAUUGAGUAAGCGGGACGAAAGGCAUAGUUUAGAAUUGGAUAAAACCGUAAAAGUUAUUAUCUCACAAUUCGAGAAGAACAUUAAAAGAUUAUUACCUUCGAAUUUGGUUAAUUUUGAAAAUGACAUUAAUUCACUGACAAAACAAGUUGAGACAAUUUCAACUUCCAUGAGUGAGUUGCAGAAACGAAGUCACAGGUUUACUGUCGAAAAUGUUACUCAAUGGCAAGACCAACUGGUAAAACAGUUGGACACGCAUCUCCCUCAAGAAAUACCCGUGGUAAUUAACAAUUCCUCGUCGCUUUUAAUAAUCCCUGAAUUGCACAAUUAUUUGACCGCUUUGAUUUCAGAAGUUAUUGAGUCUCCAGGGAUCGUUACCGCUGGCGGCUCUGAAAAUCACUGGGAGUAUGAUUUGAACCAUUAUGUGAAGGAAGUUCUUUCGAAUGAAUUACAAUAUAUCGAUAAGGAUUAUUUCAUUCAAGAAAUGAACAGGAGGCUGCAAUCCAACAAACAGGAGAUUUGGGAAGAGAUCACGAAUAGGUUAGAGUCAGAGCAGCAACAGCAGCAGAAACAGGUUCAUCAGGACUAUUCUAAUGCGCCGCAGCAGUAUUCGAGCAUAUUAAUGAAAAGAUUGAUCCAUCAAAUUUACAAUUCUAAUCAACACCAAUGGGAGGAUGAUUUAGAUUUUGCUACUUAUGUUCAAGGAACAAAGCUAUUGAACCAUUUAACUUCAACUACCUGGAAACAAGGCAGUGGGGUGCAACCGAUAGAAUUACUGACCGAUUCUAAGCAAAGCUCCUCAACAUACUGGCAAUGCGAGAACGAACCUGGGUGUUCAUGGGCCAUAAGGUUUAAAACUCCUCUAUAUCUAACCAAAAUUUCAUACAUGCAUGGCCGUUUUACUAACAACCUACAUAUAAUGAACUCAGCACCAAGGCUGCUCUCAUUGUACGUAAAACUAUCACAGACUAAAGAGACUAAGGCAUUGCAGACAUUGGCAAACCAAUACGGUUUCGGACAGCCCCACAAGAGAGACCGAAAUUACAUCAAGAUUGCAAAAUUUGAGUACAGGCUGACAGAUUCUAGGAUACGUCAACAAAUACCUUUGCCACCAUGGUUUAUUCAGUUAAAACCUCUCGUACGCUCGAUUGUCUUCCAGGUGGACGAGAACUACGGGAAUAGAAAGUUCACAUCUCUGAGAAAAUUUAUCAUUAAUGGUGUGACACCGCAGGAUUUGCAAAUAAUUGAAAACAACGAAUUUCCUGUUUUACUGGGGGACAUUCCAGAAUAUGGUGUCUCUCAGAACACCAACGAAGGCAAAAGGAAAGUCUUACUAUCAACGCCUCCUUACGCUUCUCCAUCUACCAUUAGCACCAAGUUCCAUCCCGCUUCAAACGUCCCAUCCUUUGGCCAAGAUGAGCUAGAUCAAUAA